UUUGAUAAUGUGGUAUGAGAAAAGGGCAUUUACGAAAAUGUCCCUGACAGAUUUGCAAAUAUAUUGACCCUAUUUAUUUUCCGCCCGUCAAACAGUUUCUUCAUCUUCUCCCAGAAAAAUGGAGUCGAACUCGAACCCUAACUCGGAAGAGCCAGCGAGGAACUGGCUUGAGCUGCCUGCAGACACAACGUCUAUGAUUCUGAUGAAGUUAGGCGCCGUCGAUAUCCUCUCCAAUGCGCAAAUCGUCUGCUCUUUGUGGCGUAAGAUCUGCUACGACCCUCUCAUGUGGCGUGUCGUCGAUAUGAGAAAUUUGGAUGAUUCGUUGGACAUGGACAAGGAUUUGGAGAAGAUGUGUAUGCAGGCUGUUGAUCGUAGUUGUGGCCAAUUGGUUGACAUCAAUAUUGAGCGUUUUGGCACCGACGAGUUGCUCCACUAUAUCGCUCAGAGUUCAAAUCAACUUAGAAGACUCCGGCUUGUAUAUUGUCAUGACAUCUCAGGUAAGGGAUUGGCUGAAGCAGUUCCAAAACUUCCAUUGUUAGAGGAUCUUGAAAUAUUUUUCAGUUUCGAUUCAUUUGAUAUGGAAACUCUGAAAACUGUUGGUCGAUGUUGCCCUCUUUUGAAUUCACUGAAACUGCACAAUCGGAAUUGCAAAGGACCUCGACUGAUGGGAUGUGAUGAGGAAGCCCUUGCUAUUGCUGAAAACAUGCCUAAUUUACGUCACCUUGGGAUAUUUAGCAAUAGCCUAACCGACUUGGGCUUGCAGGCCAUUCUUGAUGGUUGUCCCUAUUUAGAAUCUCUUGAUUUACGCCACUGUCUCAAUUUGAAUUUGGGGGGACAGUUGGAAAAAAAAUGUUCUAAAAGGAUCAAAAGUUUGCAGCUGCCUUAUGAUCCCAUUGAUGACUGUGAUUUAUAUGACAACCUCUAUAUUGAUAGCGACUAUGAGGAAUUCUUACGGGGCACCAGUAUCUAUGGCCAGUGAGAAAAACCUUGGCGCAGUUUAUAGUUGCUGCCUCUCGGCCAAUUGUAGCUGGUGCAUGAGCCAAGAAGCCUUGCAACUUCUGAACUGCCAUUGUAGUAAGUAACUGCCAUUUUGUUCCUUUAUUCUGCAUACAAGUUAAAAUCUAAAAUAGCUUCUGGGUAUCUUCAAUUUGUCAUGUUUAUAUAUGGUAUAGGCUGGGAAAUUUAGGUAGGGAACUUAUUGAAUUCAACUAACCAAGUUAUAUGAUUCAAAGUUACCAAGUUCAUGUAUCGAAUAUUCAAUUUUUAUUGAUACUUAAUAAUUAAUUGAUUUUAUGCUGCUAUGUCA